GCCGGGUGGGCGGCCAUGCUGGGCGGCGGCGGCGGGCGCCGGGCGGCGGCGGCGGUGCUGCGGAGGGCGGCCGCCGGUGGCCGCGCAGCGAGCGGCGAGGGCCAGGGCCAGGGGCAGGACUCGGACCCGGUGCAGGGCUCGGGCUCGGGCUCGGGGCGGCCGCAGCCGCUAGAGCCGUCCCUGCUGCGCUUCCUGGUGUGCCCGCUCUCCAAGCGGCCGCUGAGGUACGAGGAAGCUACCAACGAGCUCAUUAACGAGGAGCUGGGCAUUGCAUACCCCAUCAUCGACGGCAUCCCGAACAUGAUCCCGGAGGCUGCCAGGACGACUCGGAAGAAGCCCCCAGCUGAGGGCUCGAAGCAGCCCUGAGGACCCACCAGCCACAGGGCAACGCUAGAGAGUGGAGCGACAGACCACUAUGAGGGUGUCGGGUGCAAAGAACUAUGUUCUUGGUACUGUCUGACAAAAUGUCUUCACACGACAGAGCUAUGAAGGGGACAGGUUAAUGCUAUGAUAAUCUAUUAUUACAAGGAUUUCUUUUUUAUGUUUUGUUACUGGGUGGUUUAUAUCUGCAACACAAGACACACCAAUGUCCCUUACCUGCUGAAAAGUUCAGAAAUGCAGCACCAAGUUGUAAAUACUGCAGAUCUCAGUGUCUCUUGGUGGGAUACUAAUGAUGUGGUCAAAUUGAUCAGGCUGCUGCUGGGCAAAUAAUGCUGUGAGGCACAGUAUCAAAGGCAGUGCCCGCAAGAGGUGUAUUCGAAGGCUGACUAGCUAAGUGCAGCUGUUUGUUGGGGCCCCUUGUACAAUCAGUGGACAGAGACUCCAGAUCCAGAGGACAGUACAGAGCACAAGCUGUAUUGCCUCUGUAAAUAAACACCUCUUUCAGUGGCUGUAGUGAGGAAGAGGGAAGGAAAGGUAGCUCUAGGAGCCAUUGUGAAUCUUCUCCUAAGUGUACAGGAAGGAAAAGCUUUGACAGCUCUGGUUGGCAAGAAGGCUCACUUGGAAAGAACCAGAACUGGGUAAUCAGGCACUGAGGUUGGUAUUUCCUGCUGCACAGGCGUGGUGCCAGACUCUUGACAGCCCUUGUGACUGAUACGGCACAUGGUCCCUGAGCUGAGCUCUGCUCUGGGCAGGUGCCCUGUUCCCAUGUCAGCCAUCUAAUGGUUUUUGCAGGGCAGGGCUAGCAUUGCAAUACCUGCAGAAAAUACAGCUGCCAGAACCUUUUGUGUGGAAACCGCAGACUAAAGCCACAUGGAGGCAGCAGCAUUAUAAUCAGCAUUUCGUCUCUCUUGCUGGCACUAUCCUUCCUUUCCCUUCAGGCAGCACCUCGUUGAGAGAAAUGGCUUUUGUGGCUAUGUUGCUUGCUGGCCUCUAAGGCUGGCUCCCCAGCCACUGGGUUUUUCUUGUACAGCAAACUAGCUUAGAGCCUUUAAAAUCAGUGUAGCAGUAAUAGUAAUGGACUUUGCCAAUUACCAGUUUCCUGAGUAAUCCUAUUACAUCACCCCAAAGCAACUUCACAGUAAAUAGCACUGCCACUUGAAUUUAACUUAUUGCAACAAAGCUUAAUGGCUACCUGCAAUAAGAAUGUAAGAUACUGCCCUCCAGAUUUACUUUCCAUCCCCCAUAGAACAUGUUUUACAAUAAUUUCAUGAGUAGUUGUUUUGUUGUAUGCUCGGUGACUACUGAAACCCUUCUACCAAUGCUUCAGCAACACUGAAAACCAAAAAACGCUGCAGCAAUAUAUUCAGAGCUAACAAAUAAUACAAUUUGGUAUCUUACCAUUAAGAUCCUCCUGAACUGCUGGGUUGGUGCGUCAUUUAAAUGGGUCCAUAUGUCUUGCAGAAGGCACUGUCUUCUAACUGGGAAAAGCCACUGUUCGUGGCCCAUACUUAAUAGGUUUAUCUGAAAAUUGAAGUAACAAUCUGUUGGCAGUGUGUUUAUCUCUUCUAAAUUGUAAAAAAAUUGGUCACGCUUACAGUACUAAAGGCGUUGGACAGAACGUUGCGUUCGGUGUAAUGAACAUCGAUCUUGUCUUGCAUGUCAAAGAUGCAUGGAUAUUUGGUCAGCUUCCAUAGGGCCAUCUGAAAUGACAAGGAAGAAAGAAGAUGACAUGUUGAUUUCUCAUGCAAAAUCAAGAGUUUGGGGGUACAUGUGCGGACUGAACUGCCAGUCUGUACCCUGGCAAACUCCUGUAUCUCUGAAACAUGCCCUUGUUGUGUACAAGAACACUAUACUGGCAGAGGCACACUUCCUAAAAGCAGCUUCUAAACACUUCUGUGGGUGGGAAACCCUGAGAGACAGGCAUCUGAACUGUCUGUGCAGGCAGACGCUUGUGUUAAAGUGCCCCAAGAAUAAAACAGAGAGAGAGUGAUUUUAGUAGCAUCUUCCAUAAUUCAGCUAAACCAAAACACAUAGUAAAAAUGUCCUGGAUACCCAGGUUAUGGUAUAUUGUUGUUAAAAACUGUUGGGUUUAUUAUCUGUAAUACCAAAAGUAGAUAUUAGUGUACAAAAUAAUCUAAUUCAAAGUGUUACACCUCUAGUGUGAUGGGGCAGCAACUUCAGGUAAUGUCCUAUUUGACUUUUGAUUCUAUACUGUUUCUCAAACCUCCUCCUCCGCUCUGGUUAAUUGCUACAAAAUUGGUACUUAGCAGACAAAAGCUUAUGAAAGAAUUAGGCAGUUGCCCUGUGAAUUCCAGCCAAGUUGCCAGAAAACUGUGUUUUUUGCCUAAGGAAGCCCGUACUAUCCACAUUUCUAUGUCAUGCUGCUUCCUGUGACACCAAUUGCAUUUGGUAGCUAAUUUUCACUCCUUUGUGUCAUCAAGAAAUGAACCAUUUCACAGAUUAUCUUUUGUUACCACGGCUUUGGUUUUAGAUUUAAGUAAAUUGAAAUGCUCAACAGGAUUUCUACAUAAACAUUUAAAGAGACCUCACAAUAUUUCUGUUAAUUAAACAUAAUAAAAUCCAGAAUAACAAGAAGUAUAGCAACCAUCCCUCCUGGUGCUAUUUCAUGCUGCUCACCAGUUCAAAGCAAAUAGAGCCGCUUAAGAUGCUGGAAGACAGCUCCAACUCUCAGAACCAGGGGUCAUCGCAGGAGAGGCACUAUUGUAGCUGCUAAAAUACUGGGACGGUAAAUGGCUUGCAUAAUUUAGAACAGCUGGAGAACUAGGGAAAAUGCGUUGCCUUUGAGAUGUAAUUGGCUAGAGUCUAGAGCUGACUUUCAUAUGUAUCGACUCAUUUAAAUAAAACAAAAAAAAGUGGUUUGCA